AUGCUCGACGUGGCCGAUAUCAGGGGUUGGGUGAAGUUGAAGAAAACGUCAAGCGGAAGAGGUACACGACGAGCGAGGUGUGCCCCGAUCUCCUCACGUCCUACUCAAACCGGUGCUGCAUACACUCCAAUUUUCUCGUUUCUAGCCAACCUAGCGGCCAACAAGGUCCCGAAUCCGAUUAUGCGAGUUGAUACUGUGCCACGAUGUCUGGCCGAUACAAUCCCCCCAGCGCGUUUACGCUCCCGCCGGAGACUCGUUAAAAGUGGAGUGGGUUUAGACAGAGGCGUCUGGCGGGGAUUUGAGGGGUUUUCACGAAAGCUAUGGGCUCAAAGGGUGAAUCAGGAAGAAUCACACGCGUACAAAGACUCUACUCCGCCACUGAGGAAUCCUGCUGUCGCCUGGACAUCCCUACCUGACCUCCCGCUGCUGCCCGCAAUGGAAACGCAAUCUAAAGGCCACCUUCGUCAACGUUCACUCGAAUUGGAAGCUGUUGAGAUUGAAAGGCGAAGAGUUAUCGUAUGGGUUCUCGCCUUCAUUGGAAGAAUGCCAAAGUGCAUCGCUUCUGACCCCACAAUCCUUUUUGCUCUGCUUUCCAUCUGCAAAGCCCGACUUAGCUAUCCGCUCGUAACAACUCUGCAUACGGAUAGAGGAGACUCCUUGGUAAAGCUCCACAGGCCAUGGUCGUCCGCCUGUUUCACGUCGUUCAUCGGAACCUCGAGCUGGGAAGGGUGGAGAAUAGACAUUUUUGACUUCAGUUCCGAUUCCACGACACCCAACUUUGCCGACCUCCAUGAUUGCAUCGUCUUUCGCGUCCACCAUUUGCACCCCUUCGUGCAUCGGCCCGCGAAGGGGAUAUUGCCAUGGCGCAAGCUUGAGUCCCAGAGCUGUAGAGUGGGGAUAACUCCUUCGGUUCUAGUUCCACAACACCAGUGUAAUCUCCAGCUAGUGAUCGCACUGUCUUUCGUCCACCACCAUGAUUCGCACAACUUGUACCCCUUCGUCCGUCGACUCAAGAAGGAGGGACAACAAGUGCCAAGCUCGUGGAUUCGGUCUUCGCCAGUGGCCGCAGGCAAACCUCAUGUACAUCGAUCGUCUGAUAGGUUGCGCCCAGCGUGUGGUUGUUCGGCUAUCCUUUUCCACCGAAGCUCAGAGCUGCUCAAUAAUCUUCUCAUCGACGACCCACUCCGUCCUUGGCCAUGUCCCAAAUUGAGCAAAGGUUGGAAUCAACGCCUAUGA